AUGUCACAUGCACGAACACCCUUUGUUACUGGUCUGAUGCUGGAAUCGAUCCUCCUAGCUCAGCGCCCUUCGUUGAUUAGCUCGCAAAGCUCAGCGUACUUCGACGAAGAGAGUCGAAAACAGCCUGAGCAUAGGGCGUACCACCAAGGCUUCCAUGACAAGUUGGAGGAGAAUUAUACCACCAAUAUACUCUUCCUUCUCCUCAUGAAGACACCGUCGUACCCUGUUGUGAAUCAGUCAGCUGAUCUUUGCCAAGACGCCACACAAUGGCUAUUCUAUACGUAUCACCCUGCAGAGUUUGAGAAGAAACCUAAUGCCUACGGUUGGUUGUCGUUUCAUACCUCACAACAUGAGCUGUUCCCUUUUCGUGCUAUCUUCGGAAAGCCCAGUGUGCUUGUCGAUGGACUCUCGAUCUUACAUAUUUCCAGCUUUCAGCCACGUCGUCAUCACCAAAUGCUUGGAAAUGGAUCUUGCGGCGUUGCUAAGCAUGGAAACGAAGCCACUCAGCAGUGGUUCAAAGUUGUGGUCCAUCAACGUACAGUAGGGUUGCACAUGAGACCUCGUCAGCAGUCCGAUCGUAAAGCCAACGACGAUCAUCUUCUCGGGCACGCCGGCUUCACAGUCCGGGAAGGUCCGCAUGAGAAUGGCAGUCUGGUCCGGAGCACGGUAGAUGCGGCGAAGAAUAGAUUGUACGACAAUUUUGACAGCCAUCGGUACCUGCAUAGGCUGCAUACAGAGAUCCAAAAUGACACUGCCCUACGCGCCAUGGCUCCACAUCCAACUCCUCCAGAUUUCCUGGUCGUUAUCACAUGUCAGCCGCAUUGGCGCCUAGACAGUAUGCAGGGCGUGACAUGGAUGAAUGUGAGACGAGAUAGCCAUCUGCUGGGCAAGAGAUCCCAAGAUGAUCGAGCUUCAGCCCAUGAUGACCAACAUUCGGGCACCGUUCUGACAGAGGUCGGAGAAUUCCCAUCGGAAAGCGUUCGCCAGGACGCUAUCGACCUCGUCUUGGCACCGGCUCCAGCACAGCGACGGUCUUGGCGUGACAAGAAAAGGCUGGUCGAGCACGGGGUAUGCGAGGCUAGGACAAUCUUGCAGGCCUCCUCUGGGCACAACUUUUUUUGUGGUUCAAACACCACGCCAUUGCACCUCCGCGACAUUGGGCAGCUCGUUGAUCAAUCAGGAACCAACCCCCGUGGCACACUUGGCCCCGUCAUAGACCAGCCCUAG